UGACUCGCAGUGAGUUUCGCUGAGGGAGCCGCGCGCGUGGCGGAGGCGCCAUGGGGAAGCUGCGCCGCCGCUACAACGUGAAGGGGCGGCUGCAGGCGGAGCCGCAGCCCGCCAAGGGCCCCGAAGUGCCCCCUGUGCGGCUGGAGCUCGAGGACAAGGAUGUGUUAAAAGGAGUGGAUGCAAGCAAUGCACUCGUGUUGCCGGGGAAGAAGAAGAAGAAGGCCAAGGCGCCACUCCCAUCAAAGAAAGAGAGGAAGCCCCUGACGAAGAAGGAGAGGAAGGUGCUACAGAAAGUCUUAGAACAGAAACAGAAGAAGAGCCAGCGUGCCGAACUGCUCCAGAAACUGAGUGAAGUCCAAGUUUCGGAAGCCGAGAUGAGUCUCUUCUACACUACAGCCAAGCUGGGCACUGGGGACCGCAUGUAUCAUACCAAAGAGAGGAAGCCUGACCAGCCAGCAGCUCAGGGCCAGGAGAAAGUUAAUAGCCUCGGUGGGGCCCACCGGAAGCGCCACAGAUCAUCAUCAACAGAGGAAGAAUCUGAGUCUUCAGGGGAUUCGGAGCCUGAAGAGGACACAGCUGACCAACCUGGGGGCAGCACGGGGGCAAACACAGUGCAUCUGCCACCAGCUCCUUCUGGGGCCAAGAGCCCUGUACCCACCCCUCAGCCCCCUCCAUCUGGGACCUCUGCAUUUUCAAAAUCAGCCUCUGGCCCACCUCCACCCCUGUCCAAGCCUGCCAUCUUCAUUCCUGUGAACCGCACCCCUGAAAUGCAGCAAGAGCGGCUCAAACUCCCGAUCCUCGCUGAAGAACAAACCAUCAUGGAGGCAGUGGCUGAGCAUCCCAUUGUCAUUGUGUGUGGCGAGACUGGCAGUGGGAAGACUACACAGGUGCCCCAGUUUCUCUACGAAGCGGGCUACAGCAGUGAGGACAGCAUCAUCGGUGUCACAGAGCCCCGCCGAGUGGCUGCCAUAGCUAUGUCCCAGCGUGUGGCCAAGGAGAUGAAUCUGUCACAGCGUGUUGUCUCCUACCAGAUCCGCUACGAAGGGAACGUGACUGAAGAAACCAGGAUCAAAUUCAUGACAGAUGGUGUGCUGCUCAAAGAGAUCCAGAAGGACUUCCUGCUGCUGAAAUACAAAGUGGUGAUCAUCGACGAAGCCCAUGAGCGGAGCGUCUACACAGACAUCCUUCUCGGCCUCCUGUCUCGCAUUGUGGCUCUCCGGACCAAGAGGCAUCUGCCCCUCAAGCUGCUCAUCAUGUCUGCCACGCUCCGGGUAGAGGACUUCACCCAGAACAAGCGGCUCUUUACCACACCUCCCCCAGUCAUCAAGGUUGAGUCCAGGCAGUUCCCUGUGACAGUCCAUUUCAACAAGCGGACCCCGUUGGAUGACUACAGUGGCGAGUGCUUUCGGAAGAUCUGCAAGAUCCACCGGAUGUUGCCUGCAGGCGGCAUCCUGGUGUUUCUCACAGGGCAGGCCGAGGUGCAUGCAUUGUGCCGCCGGCUUAGGAAGGCCUUCCCCAACCGUUGCUCCCAGCCACAAGAAAAGGAAGAGGAAAAGGACUCAGCAGAAGGGAUGCGGCGGUUUAAGAAGUCCCGGACGAGGGCCAAGAAGGCCCAGGCCCAGGCCAUGGCAUUGCCUCAGAUCAACCUGGACAGUUACUCUGUGUUGCCGGCCGGCGAAGGCGAUGAGGACAGGGAGGCAGAGAUGGACGACGAAGAGGAGGCCCUGGGCUCUGACUUGGAUCUGGACCUGGGUGACAGUGAGGCAAAUGAAGGUGAGCAGCCAGAUGCCUCCCUGCCUCUUCACGUGCUCCCGCUCUACUCUUUGCUGGCCCCGGAGAAGCAGGCACAGGUUUUCAAACCUCCUCCAGAGGGGACAAGACUGUGUGUAGUGGCCACUAAUGUGGCUGAAACGUCCCUGACCAUCCCCGGCAUCAAGUAUGUGGUGGACUGUGGGAAGGUUAAAAAACGCUAUUAUGACCGUGUCACAGGCGUGUCCUCCUUCCGUGUCACCUGGGUCUCCCAGGCAUCCGCUGACCAGCGGGCUGGUCGUGCAGGCCGGACAGAGCCAGGACACUGCUAUAGGCUGUAUUCCUCAGCUGUUUUUGGGGACUUUGAGCAGUUUCCUCCCCCAGAGAUCACUCGCAGACCAGUGGAAGACUUGAUUCUGCAAAUGAAGGCCCUCAACAUUGAGAAGGUCAUCAACUUCCCGUUCCCCACACCUCCCUCUGUGGAGGCUCUUGUUGCCGCCGAGGAGUUGCUGAUUGCACUGGGGGCUCUGCAGGCGCCUCGGAAAGAUGAAAGAAUGAAAAAGCUGCAGAUGUCACAACUAAGCUGCCCCAUCACCGCACUGGGACGGACCAUGUCCACCUUCCCCGUGGCACCCCGCUACGCCAAGAUGCUAGCACUGAGCCAGCAGCACGGUUGCCUGCCCUACACCAUUGCCAUUGUGGCUGCCAUGACUGUGCGUGAGCUCUUUGAGGAGCUAGACAGACCAGCUGCCAGCGAAGAGGAACUUGCAGAGCUGAAGGGCCGUCGAGCCCGUGUGGCCCAGAUGAAGAGGACCUGGGCUGGGCAGGGGGAAUCUCUGAAGCUUGGUGACCUCAUGGUGCUACUGGGUGCUGUGGGAGCCUGUGAGUACGCCGGCUGCUCACCACAAUUUUGCCGUGCUAAUGGACUGCGCUACAAGGCCAUGCUAGAGAUCCGGCGCCUCCGUGGCCAGCUUACCACUGCAGUCAACACAGUGUGCCCUGAGGCCGGGCUCUUCCUGGACCCCAAAAUGCAGCCACCUACUGAAAGCCAGGUGACCUAUCUGCGGCAAAUCAUGGCAGCUGGCCUGGGUGACCACCUAGCCCGCCGGGUUCAGAGCGAGGAUCUGCUAGACCCCAAAUGGAGGAACGCCUACAAGACUCCUCUCUUAGAUGACCCUGUCUUCAUCCAUCCCAGCUCUGUACUCUUCAAAGAGCUGCCUGAGUUCGUGAUCUACCAGGAAAUCGUGGAGACCACCAAAAUGUACAUGAAAGGUGUCUCUACCGUGGAAAUGCAGUGGAUCCCGUCCCUGCUGCCUUCCUAUUGCCAGUUUGAAGCACCCCUGGAGGAGCCAGCCCCCACUUACUGUCCAGAGUCUGGACGGGUACUUUGCCACCGGGCCAGUGUGUUCUACCGCGUGGGCUGGCCACUCCCUGCUGUGCAGGUGGACUUUCCUGAAGGCAUUGACCGCUACAAGUACUUCGCACGGUUUCUGCUGGAGGGACAGGUCUUCCACAAGCUGCUUUCAUUCAAGAGCUGCCUGCUGUCUAGCCCCAGCACCAUGCUGAAGACUUGGGCCAGGCUGCAACCUAGGACAGAGAGCCUAUUGAAAGCCCUUGUGGCUGAGAAGGCAGACUCCCGUGGUGCCCUGCUGGCUGCAUGGAAGAAAAGCCCCAGAUUCCUGCUGACUGAGUACUGUGAGUGGCUCCCAAAGGCUAUGCACACAGAUGUUGAGAAGAUGUGGCCCCCUAUCACUGAUGGUUGACCACACACCCAGCUGUACAGUCAACCGACUCCUAGGCUGCUACCAGGAGAUUCGCCGUGGCCCUGGAAGCCCUUCUUUACCUUGACCCUUGCUGCUGCACUGACCGUGGGUGCCUUCUUUGUGACUGUUCUGACAAGAUAGAAGGUGACAUCAGCACCUGUGGUUGUCCGGGGCUACACUGGGACAGGGAAGUGGACCGUUCCCCCAGGCACACUUGUCCAGCCUCACAGCAUCUUAGGCAGCAGAUGCAUUGCAGACUUGUGUAACUCGGGGACUGUUCUGAAAGGUUGGACGAAUAUCGCCCCAGAGCCCUGUUCUACACUGGUGGAGAAUGGUUGCAUAGGACCUGCUUUGACUUCCAUAGACAACAAGUUCUGGUUUUUUAUUUAUUUAUUUUUUUGAUAUUUCAAGACAAGGUUUCUUUGUGUAGCCUUGGAUGUCCUGGAACUCCCUCUGUAGGCGAGGCUGGCCUACUCACAGAGAUCCACCUGCCUCUGCUUUCUCAGUGCUGUCAUUAAGGACAUGUGCCACAACCACCUGGCAUGAAGUGCACAAUUUUCAAAAGCUGAAAUGGAAGUGACCAGCAACAGACAAAACAAAACAUGCAACCUGGACUUAUGAGACGGUGCAGAUGACACUGCUGUUCUCCCCGAGGACCUGGGCUGGAUUCCCAGCACCCAUGGCGACUGGCAACCAUCUGUAACUCCAGUUCCAGGGAUUCAAUUCCCUCUUCUGGGCUGUCUAGGCACUGUACAUAAUGUACGCAGAUAAACACAUUAAUA